AUGAAUUUUUUUAACUCAGCUUUCGAGCCAAACAUCACUUUUGUUCGUCCUGCGUAUUUUAUAAUAAGUGGUUUUUCUGGCAUCCCAAAUAUUAAGUAUUAUUAUGUUUUUCUUGUUUUGCUUUAUAUAGUUUCAGUUCUGGGAAACACAGUUGUGAUGGUAAUAAUAUGCUUGGAACGUAAACUGAGAACUCCAAAAUAUAUUGCAGUUUUUAACCUAGCAUUUACAGACCUGUUUGGUAGCUCUGCCUUGGUGCCAAAGGUUCUUGACAUUUUCCUGUUUGACCAUCCCUACAUUUCCUACAAUGACUGCUUGACAUUCAUGUUUUUCUGCUAUGCCUGCCUUCCAAUGCAGGCCCUUAACCUGGUUAUACUUGCCUAUGACAGACUGAUAGCUGUCAGCUUCCCACUACACUAUCAUAUGAAGGUGACCCACAGGUUCAUGUUUUCUUUAAUUGCCUCUUUUUGGUUCUUUAUUAUAAUUGUUGUACUCAUUGCAGUCGUUCUUCUCACAAGACUUUCUUAUUGUAAGUCUGUGGUUAUUGAUAGCUAUUUCUGUGACUAUGUCUUGAUGCAAAAGCUGGCCUGCAAUGACAGGACUGCCAUUCAGGUCUUUGGUAAUUUUCUACCUGUUCUUAUUCUUUGGCUUCCACUGGUAUUUAUUGUGUUUACUUACAUGUAUAUUGGCAGUGCUUUGACUAAAGUGGCCACAGUUCGGGAGAGAGUGAAGGCUUUUAAAACUUGCAUAGCUCAUGUUUCAUUAGUGGCAAUCUAUUUCCUCCCAAUUAUAAUCACCUUUACCAUAAGUAUACAUCCAAAUUACAGGAUUAUAAAUUUGUCUUUGUCCUCUGUUAUUCCUCCCACAUUAAACCCAAUCAUUUAUGUUCUGCAGACACAAGAAAUCAAAGAAUCAGUAAAAAACUUGCUUAAAACCAGAGGAUAG